AUGCGUCUCAAAAUCACCCUUACCCUGAUAGCAGGUCUAUCAGCAACAUCUCUCGCCAAAGAAAGCCGCACCUUUGCCGUGAAUCACUUCUACGGCAACGGCGCCCUGGUAACAGGCCGUAUGGAUCCAAUCGUCAACCCAGGAGUCGCAGCCUCACACGUCCACACAAUCCAAGGCGGAAGCAACUUCAACCUGACCAUGACCGACGACGCUCUGAUCGACUCAAAGUGCACCUCGUCUCUGGUAAAUGCGGACAAAAGCAACUACUGGACGCCCAGUCUUUACUUCCAAGCCUCCAACGGUAGCUUCCUCUCCGUGCCGAUGUUCUACAUGAACGUCUACUACUUCUUCGAAGCGACCGACGACGAGAUCAAACCCUUCCCAGUCGGCCUUCGCAUGAUGAGCGGCGAUAAAGACCUCCGCACGCCCCCGAAGAACGGUGCAGCAAAUGUCCUCGACAGCGCCGCCGGCCCCAUCCAGCCAGUCCAAUGGACCUGUCCACGAACAUCCUACAAUCCCCCUUCGUACCCAGCCAACUCUGACGGCCUUCACGGCGUCGGAAUUCAAGACCCAAAUAAUGCAGGUGCUGGCGCUGGAUUCCCGCAUGUCAAUUGCGACGGCUACGCCUCGCCCUUGCGUGCUGAUAUCCAUUUCCCGUCUUGUUAUAACCCUGCUGCUGGGCUGGACGACUUCAAGACCAAUAUGGACUGGCCGAGUAGUAAGGGGACUACGGGCGGCAAGGCAAACUGUCCUGAGGGGUGGGUUCAUCUUCCGCAUAUCUUCUACGAGGUUUAUUGGAACACGCCGUUGUUUGACGAGCUGUGGACUCCCGGAAUGGGGGAGCAGCCGUUUAUCUUGAGUAACGGGGAUCGCACAGGGUAUUCGCUUCAUGGGGACUUCAUUUCCGGCUGGGAUGAGGGUGUCUUGCAGAAGAUUAUUGAUAAUUGCGAUGCUGGGGAUCUCGGUAUGGAUAAGUGUGCUGAUGCUGGGUUCCUCAAUGAUGCAUCGACGAGUUGCAAUAUCGACAAUCAGAUUGUUGAGCCUAUUUUCGGUGUCCUUGACAAGUUGCCUGGCAAUAACCCGCCCACUGGAUGGGGACAGGGCGCAGUGGAUACACCUACUUCUUCGUCGACCGCAGAGAGUGUCUCAGUCACCGCUACCGCUCAGUCCAAUGUCAACAGUGCUGCACCUUCAGAGACCAGCAGCACAGAUAGCUCCGUGUCCGGCUGGUCAUAUCUGGGUUGUUACUCGGACAAUGUAUCUGCUCGCGCCCUGACAGGAAUUCAAUUCGCAAAUCUUGGUGUCGGCAAAGUGACUUCCUCAGGCUGCACGGAUUACUGCGGCAAAGCAGGCUUCAGCUUGGCCGGGACUGAGUAUGCAGGACAGUGUUUCUGUGGUGACAAGCUGGAGGGAAGUGUCAAAAUCGGAGCGGAGAAGUGCGACAUGAAGUGCAACGGCGAUGAGUCGCAGACUUGUGGUGGUAGCAACGCACUCAGCGUCUACGAGAUCACCCAGAAGGCUUCUACUCAAAAGCUCAGGAGACAUUUACGGAGUCACCUGCGUGGAGCUCAUGCAUGA